AGUUUAUUUUUAGUAAAACUUUUAGUAAAACUCAAUACUUGGUAACAAUUAUUUCUAACUAGUGGAUUAUCGCAGCUGAUUGGUGGGCAUCAUAUGGUUCUUAUACUCCAAACUUGCAAACUUUUGCCAUAAAAGUCCUUAGCCUAACAUGUAGUUCAUCGGGUUGUGAACGAAAUUGGAGUGUAUUCGAACAUCUUCAUAGCAAGAAAAGAAAUAGAUUGGAACAAUAACGUCUCAAUGAUUUAGUGUAUGUCAAAUACAAUAGAACAUUGAGAUUUAGGUAUAACAUGCGCAACACUCUUGAUCCCAUAUCUUUGCAAAAUAUUGAUGAAAGCAAUGAGUGGUUGCUUGGGAGGAUGGAUGGAGAAUCAGAUGAAGAUAAUGAGCCUGUGUUUGAUGAUGAUGAUGGCUUGACGUGGGCCACUGUUGCUAGAGCUUCUGGAGUAGAAGAAAGUAGCUAUGCAAGUAGAGCAACAAGGUCACGCUCAAAGGCACAACCGAGGAUAUCUAAAUUAUCAACAUUGACUCGACUUCAAUUAAUAGAUGAAGAGGAAGCAGGCUCAGAUGACAUAGAGAAGGAAGAUGUUGAGGGAUAUAAAUCAACUGAUGAAGAAGAAGAUGUUGCCAUUGAUGUUGAGGAUGAUGAUUGACUGACACCGACAUAACUUACCCUUUCUUUUGAUAUUGAUGUUUUUAAGUGUUAAGACGUAUAUUAGUAUUUGUUAGAUAUUUAUGUUUUGGAUGCUUAGUGUUUAUGUUUUUAUUUUUAUUUUAUUGAAUGUGGAUUAUUUGAUCUUUGAAAAUUGGAAUGUUAUGUAAUAUACACUUUCAUGACUUUGAGAAUUAUUCUAUAUUUUGUCUUGAAUCUUGAUUACUUUUUAUUUUUUAAAAAAUUGUCUUAGUACUAUGAAUGAUUAGUCUAUGUUAAUUUUUCUAUUUUUUACGAAGACUGUGCGCCUUACUUCAAUAAAGUCCGCGCCUCGCCUUGCGGCUUACGCUUAGGCCCCGAGAGACCUUCAGCGUCUUAGUGCGCCUUGAGCCUUUAAAAACACUGGACACACAAACAAAAUGGUUGAGUGAUAGCAGCUGAAUAGAAUAAC